AUGCCUGAGGCACCAAUUACCUACUGCCGGAAGCCGCCAUCACCACAACCUCCAUUGUACCAAAGGGCCUGGCUCGACUCGAAAAAGGCCGCCAUCGUCACCGAGCAAUUGGGCGCCACACAUCGCGAAUCGCCCUCGAUGCUCCCUCAACGAAUUGCGCGGGCGUCGGCCCUUCGCAACGGCCUCGCGGCUGCACGACGCCUUCCGGUCGCCCAGCGACGGGCCUUUACGCCCGCAUCCUACACCGAUAAGAAGACGCUCGACGAAAAGUAUCCCGAUCGCCAGGUGCUCAGCGAGGCGGAAGACCCCGGCAUGAACGGCGGCUACAUCAACCCUCCCCGCAUCAAGCGUCAAUUCCGCGACCCCUACGCCACUUGGUGGGAUCCGCAAGAGCGACGCAACUUUGGCGAGCCUGUCCACGAAGACAACGACGUCCUCGGAAUCUUCUCUCCAUGGGAGUACACUUGGACAACCACCGGCCCGGGCCUCAUCAUGGUCGGCACCUUUAUCGCCGCCUUCCUGGGUGUCUCUGGUGUCGUGUACAUGAACUACCCCGAUAAGCCCUCGUAUCCGAGAGAAUUUGAGGGCGGGCUGGAGCGGGAACUGGGUGGCCCAGGGGCCGUAAGGGCACGAAUGGCCGGAGACGAUGACCCUUAAUCGCAGGACGGCGUUUGUACAUAAGCUAGAUGCGGAAUACAGGAAAACUCGACGACACGAUGUGCUGUGGGUCAUGAUGUGAGCUGCCAGGCAGGUGCGAUUCAGGACGGUUGACGAGGCCAUGACGUGGCCGGUGUAGUACCUAUGCAUGCAAUUUCCUCUGUUCC